UUCCUAACCUGAUUUUAUUAGAACCACACGUCCAACAAGAGCAACCACCACGGGCCUUUCUCUCCUGUUUCUGACGCUGCGAAAUUUAAAAGUACAAAAAAAGAAAUUUUUGUGAGGUACUGCCUCCAAUCCGUGGCGUCUGACCAAACACCGCCCUGGUCGCCUUAAUGAUCACCUCCGGCAGCGGCAUUUGCCCUUGUGUUCAAGCGCGUUUGCCAGGCGGAGACGAAGCACUUCCGGCUGGUUUCAUGUGUCGCCCUGGAAGAUUGAUGGCGCUCUUAGAGUACUUCCUCUCUGGCGUCCCGAGCAUCCCUGUGUGGUAAACGCAUGCAAAUUUAAUCAUUAUCCUCAAUUUUUGUUAUAGAAAGCCGAAAAAAGGACUUGAAAGCCAAACCGGACUACCCAAAUUUCUAGCGAGAAGGGACCGGGAGAAGCUUUGGUGGCUCCGGGGUUGAUGUACCUCGACUCCUCCGAAACUUGCCGUGGCAAGGUUACCAGAAGGAAGCUUUGUGCACAGCGGACGCAGAUAAAGUUGAACUGGU